CUAAAUGGUUUAUUGGCCAUUUUAAGGAAGCAAGGUCACAUAUUGCCUAUGGAUUGCCGUACACUCCUCGCUCCAGCACCACAGAAGCUCCCUUCUAUUCACAAGAACAAUGCUGACUUGUCUGGUUUUGUGGGGCGACAAAGUGCAAGUGAAGAAAUUCAAGAUGGCUAUCGCUCCAGGUCUGGCAGUGGAUCCAGCACCAUGUCCAGACGUGUUGAUGACUCCUCCAGGUCUGGGUCCAGAUGCCAGGUUCGUGCUUCCAGGUCCAGGUUCAGGCGCCAGGAUCUCACCUUCAGGUCCAGAUCAGGGUCCAGGCACCGGAUUCAUGCCUCCAGGUCUAG